GACACUAAUAAGGCCAUGGCGACGGGGCCAACGAUCGAGGUGAAGAACCUCAGCUUCACCUUCCCCGACAGCACCUCUGGUCUCCUUGACAUCGCCCUUGACCUACCAGGCGGCUCACGAACUCUGCUCAUCGGCGCGAAUGGCGCCGGUAAGACCACCCUGUUACGCCUCCUUUCUGGCAAACGUAUGGCACCAGGAGGAACAAUUUCCGUGGCCGGCAUCGACCCUUUCGCCACGGGACUAGAAGGCGUAACGUAUCUGGGACUUGAGUGGGUGCUGAACCCCAUCGUUCGUACGGACAUCGCUGUACCGGAGCUAUUAAAGUCUGUAGGCGGCGACCACUAUCCCAACCGUCGCGAUGAGCUCGUGCAGAUCCUCGAUGUAGACCUCAGCUGGCAUUUGCACGCUGUAUCCGACGGCGAGCGUCGACGCGUACAGCUCUGCAUGGGCCUCUUGCGGCCCUGGCGUGUCCUACUCCUCGACGAAAUCACCGUGGAUCUCGACCUGCUAAGCCGACAUAACUUCCUCACCUUCCUCAAGCGAGAAACGGAGACGCGAAGUUGUACCAUUGUUUAUGCGACGCACAUCCUCGACAACCUUGCUGCUUGGCCUACGCACUUGGUGCACAUGGCUCAGGGCAAGGUGAAGAAGUGGGGCGCCAUGGAGUCCUUCACCGUACCGGAGGUGGGCGACGGCGUCGAAGGCAACAGUCGCCUGGGCCAGCUGGUACUGCAGUGGCUGCGUGAGGAUCUAAGUGAGAGGGGUCCACGCAACGGACAGUCUGCGGAAGGCAAGACUUAUGAAAAUUUGGAGGGCAAAGGUGGUUACGGUGCCGAGACAAAGUGA